AUGCGUGCUCAGUCUCCUGACAAGUCGCCUCCCUCUCCUCGCUCCGCUGCAUGCCCACUCAAUUCAUCAGUUCCAUUUAUCCCCAUAUCUACCCUCGCUCCUCGAACGGCAGGUAGUGCCAGUCCUCCAGCAUCUCUUUUCAGGUCCACUCUCACGAUGUCUACACCUCCCCCAACGCUCGGCCUUCGGGGUGAAUACAGCCUAGAACUUAGGAAACGGGAUGAAUGGGGCAGGCUGUCUGCUACCCUCACUUCUCUGGGGACAAUGAAAGAAGCUUCCCCGGCGCCGCCGAGAACAGAUUUCAGUUCUCUAUGGGCUAGUCGAGAUGCCGACUUCAGGUUCGAGCUGACCUACCAGGCCCGAACUCUGUCGUCAUUUGAUGUCCUUCAUCAAAUACAGUCUAUCAAGCUCAAUGCACUUCUAUUGACUCCCAAUCGAUUCCACGCAACCAUGAGACACCAGACUGCGAUGGGAAUUCAAAAAUUCACCCAAGGAAACAAGAAUUCAUUGGGUGUGAUUGUGUAUUUGAUGGAUGCAAGAUCGUCGGGUGACGAACAGAUUGAGGCAGUGCAGUCUCUUGGUGCACUACACCACUGCCUUUCACUGGGCUUUUCAAAUCCACCUCCCGUUCUUGUAGUGUUGGACGCAUCCUACCUCUUGGAUUGCGUAGGCGCUUAUAUGAAGAGUGCCUCCCGGGCAAAUCCGGUUCCGGUGAACGCUCUUGAAGAUAAAUCUUCGGUGCCGCCGCCGUCUACGCCUGUGUCUACAUCGUUUCCGCUUCCGAAGUUUCCACCUUCAAACUUUUCUGCUGCACUCCAGGCCAAAAAGUGA